GUAAUAAAAUCGGCAUACGCCACAUAUUUUGCUGUGAUUAUGAGCUUGAUCCAAAAAUCCAGGAACGGUGUUUAAAAGUUUCCACCCGGUGCGUUUCAAAUGUGACACAGGAGUCUGUGCACGUGGGCCUGUGAACGAUGCUGUCAAAAUUCCAGAAUCGUCAUCAAGCUGUCUAGAUAACGCAGUGAAGAUUAUGAAGAGAUGCCAAAGAAAGGCAGAAGAGUGAAGAAGUGUGAGGAGGAGGAGGAGGAUGUACCUGUCAAGCAGAUGAAGAUGGUGAACGGCUCCGCCGCUCCGCUGUGCUUCGACUCGCCGCGUGAUUUCUUCCAGAGUCUGAUCAGUCCGGUCGGGCUGGACGAGUUCUUCCAGCAGUACUGGGAGCAGAAGCCUCUGGUCCUGCACCGGUCCGACGCUGCUCUGGCCUCUUAUUACCGCUCCCUGUUUCAGCUGUCGGACGUGAAGCAGCUCUGCGCUCGCGGCCUGCAAUACGCCACGGACCUCAACGUCUGCCGCUGCAUCGACGGCAAGAAAAAAGUGCUGAAUAAAGCAGGAAAAGUCAAGUUCAGUCAGCUGAAGAAGGACUUUGAGGAGAAGAAAGCCACCAUACAGUUGCACCAGCCGCAGAGGUUUAAGGAUGAGCUGUGGCGCAUUCAGGAGCGGCUGGAGUGUUUCUUUGGGUCGCUGGUCGGUUCUAACGUCUACAUCACGCCUCGCGGCUCUCAGGGUCUCCCGCCGCACUACGACGACGUCGAGGUGCUGAUCCUUCAGCUGGAGGGACAGAAACACUGGAGGCUCUACCAGCCCACCGUCCCUCUGGCCCGCGAGUACAGCCUGGAGCCCGAGGACCGCAUCGGCCCCCCGACACACGACUUCGUCCUGCAGGCUGGUGACUUACUGUAUUUCCCCCGAGGAACGAUCCACCAGGCGGACACUCCUUCAGACGUGGAUCGAUCCACACACCUCACGCUCAGCACCUACCAAAACAUGUCGUGGGGCGACUUCAUGCUGGACGUGAUUCCCGGCUGCGUGUUUGACUGCAUGAGGCGUGAGCGCGGGAUGCGCAGCGGUCUGCCUCGUAACCUCCUCACGUCUCCGAGCGUCGGUCCCGAUGUUAAUAAGCAGCUGUGUGCAUUUCUGCGGCGUCUGGCUGAUGAUUUAGAGCGGGAGAAUCAUGAGUUGCGCUCCACUGCUAUGAAAAGAGACUUCAUCUCGAACCGACUGCCGCCAUACCUGCUGGACCAGGCCGAUGUCGAUCCCGUUGGGAAACCACCAUCGCUAGAGGACACUGUAUGUAUCCGGUUUAAAGAGCAUCUUCUUCUAACUGUGGAGCCCAGUCAAGAGAACACUGACGAGGCCACAGAGCUGGUUGUGUUUGUGUUACAUUCUUUGAAGAACAAGAGAGAAACGCACAUGAUGGGAGCAUCUGAUGAUGAUGAUGAUGAUGAUGAUGAUAAUGAUGAUGAAGAAGAGGUCAUCUCACAGGGUCUGCGGUUCCCUCUGACACAUCUGUCUGCGCUGAAGCAGCUGCUGCACUCCGAACGCGUCCCGGCUGCGCAGCUGCAGCUCACGCAGGAUGAAGAUAAACUGGGGCUGAUGCUGGGACUCUGGAGCGAAGGACUGCUGCGCGUCUGCCAAACAUCGUAAUGAGCCGUUGCUUUAUGUCGUGUAUAUCUGUAAAACAACUGACACACGAUCAGCUGAUCCUUCUGCAUGUGUGUUUGUGAACAAAUUGCAGCCUUACAGCGUCUGUGUUCAUCAGAAAUGGUUACACACAUCUCAGAACUGGAAGCUGUGUAAGCUAUGUAUUGUAGCUUUAUGCUGAAUAAAAGAGUCAGGUGACUCAUGAA